AUUUCUUAAAUACAAUAAAAAGGAAGCAUCCAAAGCAAUGAAACAAGAGGAAAAGAUGCAUUUCUGCUAAAAUCAUGACUACUUAGAAUAGCUUUACUUCUCAAGGAACCUAGCAGCACUUAGCAGGCCCAUUUUAACUUCACCCUGUUGUUUCAGUAUGGAUCCCUAAGAACUGUUUAGAUUAAGGCAAUAAAUAUCCUAUUAGUUGUUUUUCAUCAGUGUUGAAGAGCAGGGUGGGCAUAAAUGAAUAUGCCUGCUUACUUUGGACAUCUGAAUUUUAAUACAUGGAUAGUUUCGUUUACUGCUUCCAUAGAGGCCAGCAAGAAGCCAGGCAGGAGACUUUUGUCUUCCUCUGGGGAAGGUGGCCUUUGGGAAAAGAAAAUCUUCUUACAAGGCCAGUGAAAACUAGUUGCUUGGAUGCAAAUGUUAAAAAUAAAAAAGCUUAAUGAAGGCAUGUUCACCAGUCAGAGUUGGUAUUCUGCAUCAUAGUGCACAGAAUUGACAUAGUUUGUUUUUUCCCAACAUUGGUAUUUGUGGAUUCCUCUAGGGACAAAUGCCAAGUGGGGAGUAAGUGGUCUGUCCAAAGUCUUUGGCUACCUGUUUUGGAAUCCUUAAGGCUGUCACUUUAAGCUUAUUUUCUGUUUUUCUCCCAUUUCACAGUUAAUGUUGUUGAGACUUUGUUUCAGAUAUAUAACCUGGAUUUUUAUCCUUCUUUAGCUUUAAGGGUUUGUUUUGGUUUUUUUCCUUAACUAGUAAUCUUCUCAAGAAGAGAAAUUUCAUUUAUGUGACUUUGAUGUAGGUAUAACACAAUACCUUCUCCCAGGUCUUUUUCCUCCUUUAUUUCUGCUGAGGUCCCUUACCUUGAAAUAAAUUGUAAGUAAUUUUAUGGAGACUUAAAACCUUGUUGUGGUGUAAAUGAAGAUUUAAGCUUGCAGAUAACAAAGGAGGUGAUCCUAAUGAUUCCCUUAAUCUUUAAAAGCUAAUUGGGUCUGGCUGGAGAGCUUCUGUUAAGACUGAGUCUAAGCAGUCUAUUAAGACUGAUUCUGAACAGAAUUUGGUUCUCCCACACAUAUCUACUGAUAAGAAAAGAAUUUCUACAUAACUAAGUUUUUUCUUUUAUAGACCAGUAGAUGUAGGACUCCUCUCUUGUCUGCCUUUGGUACUCCCCUGAAAUUAUUUUCAUGACACAUUUCUUUCAGACUAUCUUCUUGUGGUCCCUCCUAGGAACUCCAGCCUGCCUCAGAUCUCCGUCCAGAGUUAAGCUCCCCACAUCCAUUCCAUGGUGUGCGAUCUCCUAAGAUGAAGAGUCAUGAGAGAUUGUGUACAUCAUGAGAGAGGUUUCAGAUCCGAGUUUAUGGGUAAAUGGGAUAGCAGCAUCCCAGGAUAUUCCUGAGCUGAGAUUGUAACCAUGGACAGAAUAAAAGGAGACUGCACCAGUCCUGUGCAACCAGGAGAUGGAGAGAGGAGCAGGACUGGAGAACAAGACCCAGAACUAACUGUGCUGGGAAAAGCGCAAGAGUUCUUUCAGAUUUGUGAUCUGGAAGGCAAAGGCUUCGUCACUUGUCAAGACAUGCAGAGACUGCAUCCUGAGUUACCUCUUAGCCUGGAAGAACUUGAAAAAGUUUUUGUUACGUUGGAUGCAGAUGGCAAUGGCUCACUUACCCCAAAGGAGUUCAUCACAGGAUUCAGCCAAUUUCUUUUGGAGCAGAUUGCUUUGAAAAAUGACAUGGUGCCACCAUCAGAAGGUGAAACAGCUGGCCCAGUUAGAUGCGAGGAGACCAUGAGUGGUGAUGAGGAUGAAGAAUUCCAGUUCUCGAAUCUGAUGGAUCGGCUUGGAGCUAAAAAGGUUUUGGAUGAUGAGAGUGAUGUGAAGCAACUUUGGUUGCAGCUAAGAAAAGAAGAACCUCAUUUGCUUUCCAAUUUUGAAGAGUUCCUGGUCAGAAUUUUUUCCCAGCUCCAAGAAGCAGAUAAUGAGAAGAAUGAGUUGGAGUGUGCUCUAAAAAAGAAAAUUGCUGCUUAUGAUGAAGAAAUUCAACAUCUCUAUGAAGAAAUGGAACAGCAAAUCAAAAAGGAGAAAGAGCAGUUUCUCUUGAAAGACACAGAGAGGUUUCAGUCCUACAGUCAAGAGCUGGAGUGCAAGCUGCUGUCAAAAGAACAAGAACUGGAACAGCUGGUUCAGAAGCAGAAAAGGUUAGAGCAUCAGUGUACAGAACUCCUCAGUGGCAAAGAAGAAACCAAAGUAGAGAACACCAAGCUGAAGCUGACUAACCAGGAGCUGCUGAGAGACCUGGAGAGAACAUCCCAUGAACUAAGCCUGGCUCAACAACAGCUACAGGUGCUUCAGGAGGAGGCGUCAAGGCUCAGUGAGGAGAAGGAAAUGGAGGUGUACUGGGUGACAGAAACCUUACAGAGGGAGAAGUCAGGACUUUUGAAGCAGCUGGAUUUUUUAAGAGAAAGGAACAAACAUCUCAAGGAUGAACGUGACAUAUUUUUACAGAAAUGCAAAACAACUGUUCCAAAAGCCAGCUGGAAGCAAAGAUCAGGGUCUAUCAUUGGGAAAUACAUAGAGGGCAAGAUGCUGCCUAACAGCCAUUCAUUUGAAGAAGAUGAUAUUUUCAGUAACUCAAAGAGAAGGAAUUCUGCUGGACUGAAUGGAGUUCUCUCUGAAGAGCCUGAUAGUGGAGUCACUGGAGGAAUGCCUAAAACAUCACAUCUCCAGAGAAUAAUAUCAAUUGAAGAAGAUCACCUACCCCAGCUUCUUGACAGGCUGGUUGAUAAGCAGCUGAGCAGAUGGACUGGAGAAGACGAAAAUACUUCUGAGGCAGAAAUGAAUAACGAAACCAGAGAGCACUCAAUGGAACACUCGUCAUCAUCUUCUAGAGAGCAGCCUGUAGGGAAGGAAACACUGCCAAAUGAGGAGAGAAUAAACUCUGUCCCAGAGCGCUUAUUCAAGAUCAUUUUUGUUGGCAAUUCGAGUGUUGGAAAGACUUCAUUCUUAAGAAGAUUUUGUGAAGAUCGUUUUUUCCCAGGCACAGCUGCUACUGUAGGUGUGGAUUACAACGUGAGAACUGUCGCAGUAGAUCACACCCAGGUAGCGCUGCAGCUCUGGGACACCGCUGGCCAGGAACGGUACCGAAGCAUUACCAAGCAGUUUUUCAGAAAAGCUGAUGGUGUCAUUGUGAUGUAUGACAUAACAGCAAAAGACACAUUCACAGCUGUCAAGCAGUGGCUGAUAAGCAUUGAGGAGGCAAGUGGGGAGAAUGUGCCUGUUCUUUUGUUGGGUAAUAAAACCGACAACGAAAAGGAGCGCGAGGUCCCGAUGGGAAUGGGAGACCAUCUUGCGAAGGAUUACAAUUUAAUUUUCUAUGAAUGCAGUGCAUAUUCUGGCUACAAUGUGGAAAAGUCUGUGCUUCACUUAGCUAGGAUUUUAAAAGAACAUGAAGAUAAAGUGAAAGAGAAAACCAUCGAACUUCAAUCUGAUACGAACAAAAAGUCAUGCUGUAUCAGGCAAUAAAAUGCUGAGGCAUGUUUAGACAAUUCAUACAUUUAUACAACACUACUAUCAGAUUUUCUUUUAUCUUCCAAAUACUUCUUCUGCUGUGUUCUGAGUGUAGGUGUAUGUGAAAAUUAAAAUCUUUUUAUGCUCUGA